CCUAGAUUUCUUGCGGUGGCGAUUGGACCUCCUGGGAAUGGCGGUAUCUUGCAAUAUUGGGGAGAUAGACGUUAGCAACAAAGAAAGUAGAUUUCCAUUUUGGUUAAGAUGGAGUCGUACAUCAAAUGAUCUUCUAAAAUCCUCGGAGCAAAAACUGCUGUCACGAAUAAAAAGCGGUGUCGAGGCUUUUUUCGUGCCUAUUUUCAAUGGCUCCUGCUACAUCAGGACCUUUGUUUUCCGACGUCAUAAAUCGGACCAAAUAUCGCCUACAGGCAGAACCACAGAUACAAACCAAGCCAUUCCCAUUGUAUUGGUCCAUGGAUUUGGUUCUGGAUCUGCUCUUUGGUGUAAAAACAUUGAUGCGUUCGCCUGCUAUCGCCCUGUGUAUUCACUUGAUGUUCUCGGAUUCGGACGAAGCUCUCGACCUUCUUUCCCAGUCGACGCCGCUGCAGUAGAGGAAAAGUGGGUCGAGUCUAUUGAGCAGUGGAGAUCAUCGUUAAACCUGGAGAAGUUUAUUUUACUUGGCCAUAGUUUGGGUGGUUUCCUAGCUUGUUCUUAUGCACUUACUCACUCCAACAGGAUUGUUCAUUUGAUCCUAGCAGAUCCUUGGGGUUUUGUCGAGGAUCCUUUAAAAGUUAAAGAUCAGUCGAAUGUAGGUGCAGCUCAAGCAUGGAUAUUUUCGACUUUCCGUCAAAUAUUCCGUCCCUUUAAUCCUUUAUCCUUUCUUCGUGCUGCCGGGCCUUUCGGGCCUAGCCUUAUCCACUAUUUCCGUCAGGAUCUAAGAGGGUUUUUCGAUCAAAGACCCAUUCGCGUGGAAGAGAUGACAGAAAUACCUCGAGCAGAACAACUUGAAUCGACCCAGAAUUUUUCUUACGAUAAUCACAUUCAGUCAACUAAUGGUGAGGAUGAUGUUUUCAAGCCUCCAUCACCGAUCCACAGAACGAUGAAGACUGGGGAAACCGUCUAUGACAAAUCAAAUUCCAAUACAAUGGAUUCUAUUGAUUUAAACGAUUUGGAUGGGUCUGUAGCUUUGGAUUACGUCUAUCAUAUUAACUGUCAGCAUCCAAGAUGUGGUCUUUUCUGGAUUAGGGGAAAAUUAAUAUUACGAAUUGUGGUGUUAAUAAUAAUGAACCGAAAAGCGACUUAUUUCGUAUUCUGUGAUUACUUAAAAUACAAUUUUCAUUUAAGCGGUGAAACAGGAUUCAAGUCAUUAUGUAGUUCAGUUGGAUGGCCUCAACGCCCAAUGUUAGACAGAAUUAGUCAACUCGAUCCUAAUGUUCCUGUCACCUUUAUAUAUGGUUCUCGAUCAUGGAUGGAUUUAUCAUCAGGAUAUAGAACUCGUGUAUUACUUCCUAAUUCGUACGUAGAUGUAAAGGUUGACAUACUUCGAAAAUUUCCAAACCCAGAAUUCUUGAUUCCAGUUAUCUGUUGUAUGAAUGAACAGAUCCAGGAAUUGUGAAUAAUUUAUCUGACUGAUAAAGUGUAAAUAUUCUAGUGUACCAAAUUUACUUGACUGAGCUAUGAUAUGUUGUAGCUGAAAUAGCAGUGUUGAACUGGUAAUCGAAGGAGCCGGACAUCAAGUGUAUGCUCAGAUGUCUGAAGAAUUCAAUGCUUAUGUAAAUAUGAUUGGACAACGCGUUGACAAUGGUGACUCAUUUACUCCGGGAGUUUAUAAUCCAAAUCCAGACUCUAAAAGAACAACAUGCUUUAAUGGUACGAAUAAAACCAAUGAAAAUAUAGAGUCCCGUGGUAAUAACACUUCGAUAAAGGGACAUAAUAGCCGGAUUCGUCAUAAGCGUUCGUCUUGUUCAUCACUCCAGGGAGAUACUUCAAUGCUAGCUCAAUCUAAUCGUUAUAUUCAAAACAGUAAGCAUGUUUUUCCAAAUGAAGAAGCAAGUGACGAAGCAUCCGAUUAACUUUCUUCACUCAAUGAAGCCUAUUUUGCCAUUAAUUAUGUAAUUUUUCGUCACAUUGAGGUUUGUAUCGCUAAAUAACAAGCUGUGACCUGAGUUUUAUGAAACUGUAAAGUAUUUGAAGUACUCAUGACAUAAAAUACGAAAACAACAAUACAAUUCUCAUAAUUGUUUCAGCCUUUCUAGUUCAAAUACACUAUCAAGAGACCAUAACAUUUAGUGUUUUUAUCUUCCAGUCUCAUCACUGCUCUCCUCAUUUUAUGUUUUUACUUUUGAUAUCUUUCAUUUGAUUAGAAUUCAGCUUUCACUAUUUUCUCAUAUAACUGAUCCUGAUAACCUAAUCAGUUUGACAGGUGAAAUUUGCUGCUCGAUACUAAUAAUGAUCAUAAGAUAAAUAAGAUUCACAAACAUUUAUUGUUUAAUUUAGGUACCUAUAAAGUAAUUUGUGAUAAAGAGGAGGUUGAUUCUGAAUAAUCGUUCUCUUUUGUUUAGAAUUAGCAUCUUACAGGGUGUAAAUUAUUUCUCUGAAUCCCCUCUCUCUGAUUGGUUGAAUCAAAAGGUUUCUAUGUCACUAAUAAUGAUUACCCAGAAAAAUUCAUUUCUCAUUUAUUUAUUUACUUAUUUAUUUAUUAUUUUUUACGGUACUUUUGAUUUUUACUCAAAAUUUAUUUUCCUCCUUAUGUAUUUUUAUGAUUUGAUAACUAUUUUUUAAUUUGAUUGCCAAUGCAAUAAUUAAUUAUAUCGUUGAUGCUUAACA